AUGGAGGCUGAUUUGGAUGAAUGGAUAGGCGGUCUUAGGGUUCAUGGGCCUUCUGAGUGCAAUGGCGAUGACGAAUUUGGCCAAAAAUGCUUCAAAAUUGCAGAUCGCUUUUGGGACAAGACACCACCCUCCACCUUCAAAGGACUCUAUAUUUGGCCUCAGAUGUCAGAUCUGGAUGAAACAAAAGUUCAAGGCUGGAUUGCAGGGCAUGCUACAUUUUAUGGGGGGAGUGAUGCCACUGGAACCAUGGGUGGUGCUUGUGGGUAUGGUAAUAUGUAUAGUGCUGGAUAUGACACUAAUACUGCAGCUCUAAGCAGUGCGCUGUUCAAUAAUGGGGCUGUAUGUGGAGCUUGCUAUCAAAUUAGAUGUGAUGAUAAAAAAGUUCCUCAAUGGUGUUUGCCUGGCAAGUCCAUUAUAAUCACUGCCACUAACUUCUGCCCACCUAAUAAUGCCCUCCCAAAUGAUAAUGGAGGAUGGUGUAAUUUGCCACUCCAGCAUUUUGACAUGGCACAACCUGCCUUUCUGCAGAUUGCCAAAUACAAAGCUGGAAUUGUACCAGUUGUUUAUAGGAGGGUUCCAUGCAAGAAGACUGGGGGAAUCCGUUUUACCAUAAAUGGAAGAGAUUACUUUGAGUUAGUGUUGAUAAGUAAUGUUGGAGGAAGAGGAGAUAUUACAGCAACAUGGAUAAAAGGGUCAAACACUGAAUGGCAACAAAUGAAGAGAAAUUGGGGAGCGAAUUGGCAAAGCGAUUCUUAUCUUAAUGGACAGAGUUUGUCAUUUAGAGUGAUGAGCAGCAAUGGAAGAAAUCUGACUAUGUUAAAUGUUGUGCCUUCCAAUUGGCAAUUUGGCCAGACAUUUGCUUCUUCUCUAAAUUUCAGAUAA